ACUUUUAAAUUUUACCGUUUGUUUAUGUUUGUGUUAGUUUGUAAAAUCAUACCGUUUGUUAAUAUGAUUACUGUUGAGAUGGAAUUUACGCCGCGCGAUCGUGCGGCUUACAUGAUGUGUUGAAUUCAGCUGACUAGUUAAUGCCACGGUAUUGUUGUGCUUGGUUUGGAUAUUGAUAUAGUUUCUCUCAUCUCAUGUUUUUUAUAAUUUUUUUUUUCCUGAAUACUAUUUGGUAACUCAUUUCGUAUCCAUAAACUUUUCAAUCAAUUAUUAUUUUUCAUUUGAGAGUGGAUGAAUGAAUUGUAGGAUAUUUAAGAUAAUCAUAAACUUUAAAUAAGAAACUAAUACAUGCAUCAUGCUAAAAGAAGAAAGGAAGAAAAAAACUGAUACAUCCUCUUUAUGGAAUGUAAACAUUAUUCUCCUUAUGAUAACCACACAGCAUUCUAAAAAAAUUAAAACAAGCGAAAUCGCAUUAUUGUGAACGAAAAGACAGUAUGACCAUCAACUCAAAUUUCACUUAUCGUCAUCCUUAAGGACCUCAUUCAGAUUGAAACUCACCACAGUUGAAGGAGGCUUUAGUCCCUUCCAUGAACGGUUGUGAUGCUUCUUCAUGUGGCCACAUAUAGCCCUUAACCUGUCGUAUGUUAGUAUUGCUAGUUGGUUACUAUAAAGUGGAUGCUGCUAGGUACGGAAAGAAAGUAAGCUCAACCGUUACUUUUGAGGAUAAAUUAGCUUAUUUCCGAAUAAAAGAGCUCAAGGAUGUCCUCACUCAAUUAGGUCUUUCAAAGCAAGGGAAGAAGCAGGAUCUUGUUGAUCGGAUUUUAGCCAUCCUCUCUGAUGAACAAGGACACAGCAAAAUGUGGCCCAAGAGAAAUGCUGUUGAUAAGGAACGAGUGGCAAAACUAGUGGAUGACACAUACAGAAAAAUGCAGGUAUCUGGGGCUACUGAUUUAGCAUCAAAGGCACCAGGCGUGUCAGAUAGUAGUAAUGUGAAAGUUAAAGGGGAAAUUGACGAACACUUCCAACCAGAGACAAAGGUUCGAUGUCUUUGUGGGAAUUCAUUGGAUAUAGAGUCAAUAAUUAAGUGUGAGGAUUCUAGGUGCAACGUGUGGCAACAUAUCGGUUGUGUUAUAAUUCCAGAAAAACCUAUGGAAGGCAGCCCCCCAGUCCCCGACAAAUUUUAUUGUGAAAUCUGUCGACUCAGUCGAGCUGACCCAUUUUGGGUUACGAUGGCACAUCCUUUAUAUCCUGUGAAGUUGAUUACAACUAGUAUUCCAACUGAUGGUACGAACCCUGUGCAAGGUAUGGAGAAAACAUUUCAACUCACAAGGGCGGACAAGGACUUACUGUCGAAACAAGAAUAUGAUGUUCAGGCCUGGUGUAUGCUCCUGAAUGACAAAGUUCCAUUUAGGAUGCAGUGGCCACAGUAUGCAGAUCUGCAGGUUAAUGGUAUGCCUGUUCGUACGAUUAAUAGACCUGGCUCCCAACUGCUUGGGGCUAGUGGUCGUGAUGAUGGUCCAAUUAUCACACCAUAUACGAAAGACGGAAUUAAUAAGAUUUGCUUAACAGGAUGUGAUGCUCGCAUUUUCUGCGUAGGUGUUCGAAUUGUAAAGCGCCGCAGUGUUCAGCAGAUCCUCAACUUAAUUCCCAAAGAGUCUGAUGGUGAGCGUCUCGAAGACGCUCUUUCUCGUGUUUGUCGUUGUAUCGGUGGUGGAACUGCUACAGAUAAUGCUGAUAGUGACAGUGAUAUAGAAGUUGUUGCAGAUUAUUUUGGCGUCAAUCUACGUUGUCCUAUGAGUGGUUCAAGAAUGAAGGUCGCAGGAAGAUUCAAACCUUGUGUUCACAUGGGUUGUUUUGAUCUUGAGGUUUUUGUGGAAUUAAAUCAACGUUCUAGAAAGUGGCAAUGCCCCAUUUGUCUCAAGAACUAUGCAUUGGAGAAUAUCAUUAUUGACCCUUAUUUCAAUCGUGUUGCAUCUCUGAUGAGGGGUUGUGGAGAAGAUGCAACGGAAAUUGAGGUGAAGCCUGAUGGUUCUUGGCGUGUAAAGACUAAAAAUGAAACUGAGCGGAGGGAUCUGGGGGAUCUUGCACGGUGGCAUUCUCCUGAUGGUACUCUUUGUGUUUCUGAUAUGGAAGUUAUAUCAAAAAUGGAAGGGAUGAAGCAGAUUAAACGGGAAGGUAUUUCAGAAGGUCAUACUGGUUUGAAACUCGGAAUAAGGAAGAAUUGUAAUGGCUUAUGGGAAGUCAGCAAACCUGAAGAUGUGAAUACGUCUUCUGAUAAUAGAUUACAAGAGAGAUUUGGAAACCAUGAACAGAAAGUUAUUCCAAUGAGCAGCAGUGCCACAGGAAGUGAAGAUCCAAGUGUAAAUCAGGAUCCUGAAGUGAAUUUUGACAUCUCUAACAACAAUGUGAUUGAGAUGGAUUCCAUGUCUCUGAAUGUUGAUUCAGCAUUUGGAUUCGGGCGAAACUCCCCUGCAAAAGUUAUUGUUCUCAGUGACUCGGAGGGAGAGGAUGACAUUUUAGCAUCUUCUGAAACCAUCUAUAAGAAGAACCGAACUGAUGCUGGUGGGAUGACUUUUCCUGGAAUUUCUGAAACAUAUCCAGAAGAUCCUCUUGGAACUGGUGGAUGUAUGAGUCUUUUUAAUGCCAAUGAUGAUGAAUUUGGGAUGCCGCCCCUCUGGCCAUUACAGCCUGGAACUCAUGCAGGACCAGGUUUUCAGCUAUUUAGUUCUGAGGAUGUGCCAGAUAGCCUAGUCAAUUUACACCAUGGUUCUAUGAAUUGUUCCACCUCUAUGAAUGGCUAUACAUUGACUCCAGAGACUGCGAUGGGACCUUCUAACCUAGUCCCAGAUUCUUCGGUUGGUCGUGCUGAUACUGACAUUAAUGAUGGUUUAGUCGAUAAUCCCUUUGCGUUUGCUGCGGAUGAUCCCUCGCUGCAAAUAUUUCUUCCCACAAGGCCUUCAGCUGCAUCAGUAGAGACUGAUAUGAGAGAUCAGGCUGAUGUAUCAAAUGGUGUUCGUACUGAGGAUUGGAUUUCUCUUAGGCUUGGGGGUGGUGCCAGUGGCAGUAAUGGCGAGUCUGCAGCUCCAAAUGGAUUGAAUUCGAGACAGCAAAUUCCACCUGGAGAUGGUGCCUUGGAUUCUUUGGCUGAUACUGCUUCUUUGCUUCUUGGUAUGAAUGAUGUUAAAUCUGACAAGUCUAGUAGACAAAGAUCAGAAGAUAGCCCUUUCUCGUUUCCUCGCCAAAAACGUUCUAAGCCGCGGUUUUAUCUUUCUAUUGACUCCGACUCUGAAUAGAGAAACUGGACCUUUUUAAUAGAUUGAAUUUUUUCUAGGCUUAGAAAACAUAUCUUACAGUGAUCUUAUGAUCCGCAUAAACUCAAGUUCUGUAUUAGUAGUCAAACAAAGUUGAGACAUUUUGGUGCACAUGGAAUGGAAUGGAAGUUUUGAAUUUGGUACAAGGCAUCUACGGCAAACAACACAAGAAAACUGUUAUUACCUAUUGAAAAAUCUCUCCUGGCACCUGCAGAUUUGUUUUCUGAAGUUGGUUUAUUUCGUGCAUUUCUGCUAAAUUCUCAUUGAAGAUCUGCAGGUCCAGUGCUGGUAAAUUGUAUAGCAGAUUGUCAUUUUAUUUUGAACAGUAGGAAUUAAAUCCUUUGGUUUAAAACCUUUGGAUGUAGAAGGGGGAAACCCCUUAAGAAUACAUAUAUCUGUCAUCUUGUCUCUGUUUUAUGAUGAGAGCAAAUAGGCUGUAAAUGUUCAUUCAGAUUCAGUUAUUUAUAGAAAUAAGAAAUCAUCAGAUGGGUGUUCCACGGAG